UCAAUUCUUCACCUUAUAUAUAUAGUUGAUUAUGAUUUUAUUGUAUUUUGCUGUGAUAUAUAUCUCACAGUAUAAUGAUGGUGAUUUGGUUUUGCUUGUUGAUAACCCUCAUCAUCACCAAAGGUAGCUCUGAUCUUCUGCAAUAUAACUGCGUAAAUAAAACUUCUUACACUCCUAACAGCACCUAUAAAACCAACCUUCAUUCUCUUCUCUCUAAUCUUCAUUCCAACGCCACCCGAGACACCGGUUUCUACCACACCACAGUCGACACCGUGCACGGUAUGUUCUUGUGCCGGGGCGACGUCUCCACGGACGUUUGCGGCGGCUGUGUUGGAGAUGCCCGUAAUCGGAUAUUAGACCUUUGCACCAACGAAAAGACGGCAAUUAUUUGGUACGAUAACUGCAUGUUGCGUUACUCGGAGAAGUCGAUGUUGGGGAUGGUAGACCAAUCUGCCUGGUUAGCAUGGAGAAACAAGGAGAACGAUUCUCAACCAAAUGGGUACAUGCGGUUGGUGGGAAACAUGUUGGAUCAGAUAACCACUCGAGCAUCAUUAUCCAGUGGUUCUGGCAAGAAAUUUGCAGUGUUGGAAGCUAAUUUUAGUCCCUUUGAGAGGGUGUACGCUCUUGGACAGUGUACCCCGGACCUUUCUAAGGUUGAUUGUCAGAUAUGCUUCAGAAAUGUUAUUGCAAUGCUGCCUGGUUGCUGUUAUGGAGCCGUGGGUGGUAGAGCUGUGUUCCCAAGCUGUAACGUUAGGUAUGAGCUCUACCCUUUCUACAAUCUCUCCGCCGUGGCGGCACCACCGGCACCGCCUCUGACCAAUCCUCCUCCUCCUUCUCCUCCACCACCACCGACUAUGCUCGCCAAUUCCGGUAGCAGCAAAGGGAAUAAAAGAAAAGUGACUAUUGCAGCCUCUGUUGUGUCAAUCACUGGGACAUUAGUCUUCCUUUUAUGCUUCUAUUUCUUGAAAGUGAAAAGAGCAAAGAAAUCCCAUUGUAAUGAGAGGGGGACAACUACUGGCACGAGUGAAAUUGAACCAGAGCAGUCCGUACAAUAUGAUUUUAGUAUUAUUGAAGCUAUCACGAAUUGCUUCUCCCCUAAUAAUAAGAUUGGUGAAGAUGGAUAUGGCACUAUUUACAAGGGAAGGCAUCCCAACGGGUCAAAGGUAGAGGUGAAGAGGCUGUCAAGGAGUUUAACAAAAGGAGAUGUAGACUUCAAAAAUGAGAUUGCACUGGUUGCGAAGCUUCAUCAUAGAAAUUUAGUAAGACUGCUAGGGUUUUGCUUGCAAAGAGAAGAAAAGAUACUCAUCUAUGAAUUUAUUUCUAACAAAAGUCUUGACUACUUCUUAUUUGAAAAGAAGCAACAAUUGAAUUGGCCCACUCGUUACAAGAUCAUAGGAGGAAUAGCGCGUGGGCUCCUUUAUCUUCAUGAAGAUUCGGGGUUCAAAAUUAUACAUCAUGACUUAAAAGCAAGCAACGUACUAUUAGACGGAGAUAUGAAUCCAAAAAUAUCCAACUCUGGUCUUGCAAGUAUUUUUAAGGUAGAUCAAAUCCAAAGAAAUACAAGUAAAGCUAUCAGAACACGUGGUUACAUGUCUUCCAAAUAUGCUUUACAUGGCUUGCUCUCUAUGAAGUCUGACGUUUUCAGCUUUGGAGUUCUACUCUUGGAGAUUAUAACUGGAAAGAAAAAUAGUUCUUUGUCCAUGAAAUCAACUAAAGCUCAAGAUCUUUGGAGCUAUGCUUGGAAACAUUGGAGGGAAGACAGGGCAUUAGAGAUGGUGGAUCAAAGUCUUGGAGGUUUGUAUUCGAGAGACGAAGUGAUACAAUGUAUCCAUGUUGGGUUGUUGUGUGUCCAAGAUGAGGUGGAUGAUAGGCCAACAAUGGCAAAUGUUGUGUUGAUGCUAAAUAGUCAUUCUGUAACAAGGAGGACACCUAAUCCGCCACUUAAACUUGCGUCUUAAAUGGUGCCCCAGUUUUUGAACACGAUUUAUUUUUUGUCUUACAUUUUUCUGUAAAUUAAAAAUCUAC